CAAAACUCUUUCUCCACCCUCGUUCGCUCCAUCGACCACUGUCCGCGAUGUACUGGCCGACAACGGCUGCGCGGAUCAUCGCCGUCCCACCCCCGCUCGACGAGCGCUUGCAUCGCGUCCGCGCGUCGCGCCGUGGGAAUCUAUUCGUCACGCUCGCCGAUGAUCGGCUCGGCGUGUGGGAGGUGCGGCCAACGGUCCUCCAGGCCGCGAUGCUCCGGAGCAGAGGCAGCGUCGACCGGUGGGGUGCCAACAAGGACGUAUUCUGGGCGCAUGAUGGUCGAAGUUUGGUCGUGUUAACCACCACAUCUCAUCUCAUCGUGUAUUCACUCGUGCCGACAGGAGUUCCAGCCUAUGAGAGCGCGCCCUCAACCUCUUUCCCACCCGGGGGAGGGCCUGGAGAAGGUGGCGAGCUAGCGGGCUGGGAGUUGCGGUGCGAUGGCGUCGCCUUCGUGAUGGGCCGAGCUACUGCAGUCCUCCCACAGCCGCACACCGUCGUGAUCACGCUGCAGCACCCACCAGCACUUCUCACUGUGCCAUACCCUAUCCCGGCUCACCUCCUCACACCACCAGGAUCGCACUUUCCACCAGCACCGCUUGACGGCGACACGGAGGAGCAGGUGGAGUGUGAGCUAUGGGAUCUGGGCCGUGCCGAAUGGCUCCUCCAGGACGCGGAAGUGCCCAUCCCCAGAUAUCUCGGCGCAACACGUACGCCAGCACUGCCGACUGCAUACAGCCUUCUGACGGACGACGGGCGGGCGUACGUCAUGUAUACAACGAGCGCGCUUGAACUCUUCAAGCCUGAUCGGUCACAUGCUUCCGGUGCGAGCUCCAGCGCAAGCUCGGAUCAUCACUUGCCGCUUCCACGGCCGAAAUACUCUGGCCAGCUGCUCUACCCCCUUCCUGCGCCCGGAGUGGAGGGGGUGCGCAACGGGCUUCGGAGUCUGGGGCUAAUCGAGGAUGUUGCGCCAGUCGAAGACAAAGCGACACAUAUCGCAGUGAACGGGAGGCUGGGUUUCGCCGCAAUUGGCACAGCCAGUGGACUGGUGCAUAUCCAUGUUCUCACAACGUACCCGCAGACACCGCGCUUCUCGCACUCGCUCGAUUUAAAGCGGUCCGCGCGCUCGGCGAGCCUCAGCGUCGAUCCUGGCGCCGUCACCGCGCUGGCAUGGACAUCGGAUGGGUACGCCCUCGCGGUGGGACACGCGCAUGGGUGGGCUGUGUGGAGCAUGGGUGGCAGGUUGGACGGAUACGGCGUGGCUGGGGACCACGACGAACCUUCCGCUGACGCAUUCAUGAACAGCGUUAGCGAGCUGUUCUGGGCUCCAGGGAACACUGAUCUAUUCCUGCUGUCCCGGCUCGACCCGCAGAGACUUUAUGCCAUGCCGUUCGUCAAGAGUGCCACAACUGGUCAGCAUUCUCCCGACAACACGCGGUACGCAUUUCUUCAGAUGGACGACCGCGUGAUGGUGUACCGGGGAGCGGAUCAGCCCGACAUGAGCGUCAUCAACCCCGAGAGCGAUGUAUGGCAGCACAUCCACGUGCCGAACGUAUACAUUGCGACCAACUGGCCCCUACGAUAUGCCUCCAUUUCCUCUGACGGUCGCUUCAUCGCCGUCGCAGGUCGACGUGGACUUACGCACUACUCGGCCGCGAGUGGUCGCUGGAAGCUUUUCGGUCACGAGCGCGAAGAGCGCGCUUUUGCUGUCCGUGGCGGCCUCCUCUGGUUCCACCACGUGCUCAUCGCCGCCGUUGAGGUUGAGAAGAAAUACCAGAUCCGGUUAUACUCGCGCGACCUCGAUCUUAGCGAGACCAACGUGCUGCACGCGCAGAGCCUGCCAUCGCCCGUGCUCGUCAUGACGCUUCUCGACAACAGCUUGCUCGUGUACACGGCCGACAGCAUGCUGUACCACUUCCUGAUUCUACCGACGCGCGAGAGCAUCCGCAUCCAGCUGUGCGGGAGCAUGAGCUUCGCGGGGCUCGUAAGCGUGCCCAGCCGCGUGCGCGCGUUGUCCUGGCUCAUCCCCGAAGCGCAGAAGCGCCUAGGCGACCCGGCCGACGAUCUGAUCGUAGCGACGAUCAUCUUUCUCGUUGACGGGCGCCUUGUUCUCCUCCGCCCUCGCAAAGCGGGUAACGACGAGGUCCGCUACGACAUGCAGGUUCUCGCGGAUCGCAUCGAGAGCUACUGGACGCACCUGCACGGCGUCGGUACGCUCGAAAAUUCGCUCUGGGGGUACGAUGGGCGGGAUAUGCGCGUGUGGCUCGACGCACUCACGAUCGAAGCGACGCGCGUUGACCUCGAGGCGGACAGUUACGAGAGCGUGCAGGCGAGCAUCGCGCUGCGCCUUGACUUCUACCCCCUCUCCAUUCUCAUGGACAAGGGCAUAAUCAUCGGCGUCGAGUAUGAGGCCUCGACGCUCACGCUCCCCUUUGCCCUCUUCAAGCUCCAGACCAACACGUACCUCUUCCUCCCCCAGUUCCUUCGCUACCAUCUGGACGCAAAGCGGCUGCGCGCUGCGCUCGCCUUCGCGGCCAACUACCACGGCCUUGUGUACUUUGGACACUCGCUCGAAAAACUUCUGCAUGCCGUACUCGAGGACACGGUUGACGAGCUCGGCGACGGCGAAAGCGGGAGCAGCGUCGCCAGCUCGCGUAGCGGGCGCACCCUCGCCCUGGUCGCGUCGUUUCUCGAUCAUUUCCCUGAGAGCCUCGAUGUCGUCGUCGGAUGCGCGCGCAAGACUGAGUUCGAGCACUGGCCAAUCCUUUUCGACGUAGUCGGCAAGCCCCGCGAUUUGUAUGAGCGCUGCGUGCGCGCCGGCGCGCUGCGUACUGCGGCAUCGUACCUCCUGGUCAUGCACUACCUCGAGGAAGCCGACGACACGCCCGAGACUGUCCGCCUCCUUCGCCUCGCCAUGGCAGCAAAGGAGGCGCAGCUAUGCAAAGAGCUUCUGCGCUUCCUGCACUCCAUCGACGACUCUGGAGCAGCUCUCCGGGCCGCCAUCGACGAAGUCGGGAUCCUGAAGCCUGGACAGGCCACGCAGGCGAGCCCCGACAGAGUCAGAGUGGGUCCAAUAAACGGCUCCAUUGCACCCGACAUCGGGCUCGACCUUGACGUCCGCAGUAGCUCUCUUUCACGCACACCAACCGCGUCAAGUCCCCACCCCUCCGUCUCACUGUCGUCCCCUGACCAGUGAGUGUUAAGUAACAUUGUUGUACUACCAUGCAGUGGCAUCCUGUGCCAAUAUAGUUGCGCUGAUGAGCUUGGCUGAUGCGGGUGGAAAUUGAUGCAAGUCUAUGGACGAU